UUAAUCGAUGUGUCCCUCAGAUCGAGAAUUCGCGCCAAGGACAACGCCUCCAAGAACUCUACAGCCGCCUUAGCGCCCCCGAGCAAUUCAUAAUCGGCUUCACGCGCACCGAUGCAGCCGGUGUUCAGUUUUGUAACUACAACGAUGCCUGUGAGAACGACGGAACGAUCUACCAAGAAGACGAUGUCGCGCCGAACCCACCCAACAAUCUCGCAUGUGGACUCACCGUCUGGAAAGAUGGUCAAACGGCUUAUUUCUGUUGAGGGAAAUGAGACUGAGAGUACUGAUGGUGGCGAGGAUCCGGAGGGGUGGAUAUGGGUUGAGGAUUAUAUCUACCGGCGACUUGCGCAGGAGGGAGAUGAGGAGGAUCCUGAUUGGGUGGCCGACUAUAUCUAUCGUCGAGAUGCACAGGAAGAUGAGACAGAGGUCAAUAUUGGCGAUGCGAAUGGGGAGGAUUCAAGGGAAGAUUCGGACGGGGUAGUGGAUCAUAUCUACCGGCGACAGGAGAAUGUGAUCGGGACUGAGUCUGAUACUGGGGAUGUGGAUGAGGGGGGGAAGGAUGAGGAGAAUCCUGACUGGGUGGUCAAUUAUAUUUAUCGUCGGAAUGCACAGGAUGAGACGGGGACUGUUACUGGGGCUGUGAAUGUGGAGGGAAAGGAUGAGGAGGAUCCGAACUGGGUGGCGAAGUACAUCUAUCGGCGGCAAGAGAAUGAGACUGAGACUGAGGCUGUUGAUGGCAAGGAAGAAGAGAAGAGUCCAGAUUGGGUGAUCGAUUACAUCUAUCGUCGGGAUGCGCAAAAAGAUGAGACUGAAAACGGGGCUGUUAAUGAUGAAGCGCAAGGAGAGAAUCCUGACUGGGUUGUGGACUAUAUUUACCGGCGACAGGAAGACGAGACUGAAACCGGGGCUGUUGAUGAAAUGCAGGGAGAGGACCCAGACUGGGUGGUGGACUAUAUCUACCGUCGGGAUGUGCAGGCUGAGGGGAACGACAUUGAAACUGUUGAAGAAGAGGACCCGGAUUGGGUGGUCGGUUAUACCUACCGGCAACAGGAGGAAGGAGAGGAAGAAGAUCCAGAUUGGGUGAUUGAUUAUGUCUAUCGCCGGCAGGAUGAGACAGAGACUGAGAGCGGGGUCAUUGAUGGCAAAGUGCAAGUAGAGGAUUCAGACUGGGUCGUAGAUUAUAUCUACCGGCGACAGGAUGAAGGGGAUAAGACGACGCAGAACGGGGAGGAUCCGGACUGAGUGGUGGAUUAUAUCUAUCGGCGAGGUUUAGUGUAUGAAUGUGAUCGUUGUGAGCGACUAUAAUACUAGUCUGAUAUGCAUAGUUCCUUGAAUGAAGCCAAUGUGGUGGGUGAUUAUCAGCAUAGCCUUCUAUGUAUAGUCGGCAGU